GUUGUCAGGGGUACUCACAUUAAUCUGCCAAGAUGCUCCAUGUAAAGUUGACUGUCAUUGCCUUCCUGGCUACAGUUUGGUGCGUCACAUCACGACCAGAUACUCACUUCAGUGUCGCAUGUCCUGGUGAAAACAACAUUCUGGAAUGUGCCGAAAAUCACUUCAUCUUGAUUGAAGAAAUGACGUAUGGUAAAGCCAGUACUGUCAACUGUGCAGACACAAACAAACCCACUACAGUCUCGGAUGGUGUCUGCAUCCAUCCGCUCAUGAGAGGAUGGAUCCGGUUUAUCUGUGAUGGUCUGCAGCGCUGCCGUCUGCCAAAGCCAAACAGUCAAAUGUUUGUGUGUGACAAAGCAGACAACUUUGUUCAGAUCAAAUAUAAGUGCCACAAACGACUGCCCGCUGUGAAGAAAGUUGUCGCCUGUGAAAAAGAAACAGCACAUCUCAAAUGCGAGCAUUCAAAGGACCUCAUGAUUAUCCAAGCUAAAUAUGGACGCUUUGAUGAAAAUCUCUGCUCUAAAACUCCUUCAAUGAUGACUUUCUGCUCGAGCAUGUCAGCCCAGAUGAUUGUUCAAGAAGAGUGUAACGGUAUGAAUGAGUGCAGCAUCACUGCAGACGAAUCCCUGGGGGUUCCGCAUCACUGUGAUGACACUCCCAAGUACCUCAUUGUGGACUAUGAGUGUCUGUAAUUCGACAUCGGUGCACGCAGUGGCCAGAAGUGGAGCAGUAUCUCAACAGGAGUUUGGCGAUUAUCUCCUGUUGGAAAUCACAUGAAUCAAUAAAUACUUGCAUCAACA